AUGAAUAAACACGUCACCAUCAUUGGCAUAACCAACGCCUUUCUCUCUGAAGUGGCCAUUGGAAUCUCAGCCAACACCGCCGUCCUCCUUCUGCAGGCGCUCACGCUGCAUCAGCACAGGCUCCAGGCGGUCAGCUUGGUCACUGUCCUCUUGGCUGUGACCCACACGGCCAUGCUGCUGACCACGGCCUUUAUAGCCACCGACAUUCUGGGCUCCCGGGGUUUCUGGCAGGACGUCACGUGUAAAUCGGUGCUCUCCUUGUACAGGCUGGCGCGGAGCCUUUCCAUUUGUGCCACCUGCUACCUGAGUGUCCUGCAGGCCAUCACCCUCAGCCCCAGGAGCUCCUGUCUGGCAAAGUUCAAAUGUAAAUCCCUACCUCACAAUCUGUGUGGCUUUCUCGUCCUGUGGGUCUUCUAUAUGUCCUUGAGCGGUCACUUCUUAAGCCUCAUCGCUGCCACACCCAAUGUGACCUCAGAGAUGCGUGUAUUUGUCACCAAGUCCUGUGCUCUUUGGCCCUUGGAUUAUUUCCUCCGACACUUCCUUUUCGUACUGGUUGUCUUCCGGGACACUGUCCUGAUGGCGCUCAUGUCUCUGUCCAGCGGGUACAUGGUGAUUCUCCUGUGCGGGCACCAGCGACGGGCUGGGCACCUUCACAGCGCCAGACUCUCUGCAAAAGCAUCUGCUGAACAAAGGGCCGCCCAGACGGUCCUGCUGCUCAUGAGCACCUUCGUGGUCAUGUACUUCCUGGACUGUGCUGCCUCCUUGUCGAGAGUCAUGUGGAAUAAUGACCCAGUUUAUCGCUGUGUCCAGCUGCUCAUGUCCAAUGGCUACGCCACCGUCAGUCCCUUGGUGUUCAUCAGCGCUGAACAGCAUACCAUUAACUUCUUGAAAUUCACAUGUGGGAGGACCGUCAAUGCUUGCUUGCUCUGUGAUGGACAGUGUUCAUGA